CCCAUUUUUGUUAUCCAAGGAAGCCAUUGGAUUCGAAAGCCAAAAUGCAGCUACAAAUAUACGCCGCUCUUAAUUUAGGGGCCGCGUAUACUUAGGCCCCCAGGAUGAUCCAUCCCUUUAGGUUGCUAGCUCUAUCGCCAGGACCAAGGAUUCCAAUCGCAGCUCUCGCAAAGUGGUGGAAGUUAUAAGAUCAGGAAGAUCGAGAGGAGCUCAGCUAUGGUGUGGGCGCUGCUGGUGCUCCUCACCAUCUUGUUGCCGGCGAUGCACUCGUGGGCUCCCGCGGCCGAGGCCAUCCGAUCUUCCCAGUUCGGGCAGCAGCAGCUCUUCCACGAGGCUCCAGCGUUUCGAAACGGCAAGGAGUGCCCGCGGCAGAGGCUAGAUCCAGCGCAGCGGCCCGGGUGGUGCCAUGAUCCGGGCGCGAUUCACGUAGCAAUGACGCUGGAUCGCGCCUAUCUCCGCGGCUCCAUGGCCGCGGUGCUCUCCAUCGUCCAGCACGCCGUCUGCCCCGAGAGCAUCGUCUUCCACUUCCUCAUCGCGUCGCCCGGGCAUGAUCACCAUCCCGAGGAGCUGCCCAUGGACGCGCUCCAAUCCGUGGUGAAGCAGACGUUCCCGUACCUCAGGUUCAAGGCGUACGAGUUCCAGGAGGCGCUGGUCCGCGGCCGGAUCUCCUCCAGCGUGCGCUCCGACCUCGAGCAGCCCCUCAACUACGCGCGGAACUACCUGGCGGCGAUGCUGGACGAGUGCAUCCACCGCGUCAUCUACCUCGACUCCGAUGUGGUGGUGGUGGACGACAUUGCCAAGCUAUGGCGGACGGAGCUCCGGGACGGCCACGUCCUGGGCGCCCCGGAGUACUGCGCUGCCAAUUUCACCAGGUACUUCACGCCCGCCUUCUGGAGCAACGAGACGCUGGCGUCCACCUUCGCGGCCAGGUCCUCCACGCCCUGCUACUUCAACACCGGCGUCAUGGUGAUGGACUUGCGCGCGUGGCGGCGCGGCGGCUAUACCGCCAUGCUCGAGGCCUGGAUGGACGUGCGCAAGGAGAGCAAGAUCUACGAGCUGGGAUCGCUGCCCCCUUUCUUGCUGGUGUUCGCGGGCGAGGUGGAGGCGAUCGAGCACCGGUGGAACCAGCACGGCCUGGGCGGGGACUGCGUGGUGGGCAGCUGCCGGGAUCUCCACCCGGGGCCAGUGAGCUUGCUGCAUUGGAGCGGCAAGGGCAAGCCAUGGGCGCGCCUGGAUUCGGGCACGCCAUGCCCGCUCGACAGCCUCUGGGCUCCCUAUGAUCUCUUCCGCUACCGCCAUCGCCACCCGCAACUGGCGCUCGCGCUCUCCAUGGUGGCCUGAGAGAGAGAGAGAGAGAGAGAGAGAGAGGGAGAGAGAGGGGGAGAGGGAGAUUCGUGAGCACCGGUGGUCCGGCGCGAUCCAUCGCUGGAUCGCAUCCCACAUUCUUGGAUUUUGGAUUCUUGUUCUUGUUCUCCUUCCUGGGUUGUAGAAGGGAGCAACCAUACAUACAUUAUAGGUAAAAGCAACAGAAGAUUGAGACUUC